AUGCUACACCUUCCGUAGCUGCCAUGGCCAAUGUGGCCACCAUUGCUCUUAAUUAGUCUUCAUCUUCGUCUUAAGCUUCUCAAUUUCCAGAGUACAAAAGAACAAAUAUCCCUGUAAUUCAUAUCUUCAUAUCCUCGGCCCCUUUUCCAUUGCAUCACUGAAAUGAUGAUCUCUCUUCUCCAGAAAUUUAAACCUUUUCUUCUGUUUUUGAUCCCAAUCUUUGUGUUAAAUUUCGGAUACUCUUGCCAGUUUUCCUUGCGUUAUCUCCAAUGUGUAGAGAGAUAUCAUGAAGACUCCAAUCAUGAAACAUUAGUUGAAAACCUGGUGAAUUCUUUGUACUCCAAAUCUUCCGAUAACUUAUUCUACAAUGAAUCUUUAAAUGGAAUCCAUGGCCUCUUUCUCUGCAGAGGUGAUGUUAAUGAAGGCACUUGCCAAACCUGCGUCAAUAAUGCUACCCAAUUUCUGCCCCAAAAUUGCUCUUCUUAUCUAGGAGCAGUCAUCUGGUAUGAUGAAUGCCUGUUACGCUACUCCGAUACCAACUUCUUUGGUGAAAUAAGUUUUAGUCCAAACUACUGUAUUUGCAAUGCACAAAACGUUAAUUCAACGGGAGAGAACUCUGAGGUGCUUAGUUUGCUAGAUGAUUCGAUUAAGCAAGCUCAGAACUCAAAAAUGCUAUUUGACGCCCAACAAAAAGUUUUGAGUAGUAAUGGGUCGCAGUCUGGAUAUAUCCUAACGCAGUGCAGCAGAGAUCUCAAUAGUAGUUCAUGUUACUCUUGUUUGAAGAAUAUUACAAAUCAAAUCAGGGAAUGUUGCCCGUGGCCCGCAGGGUGGCGUUUCUUAGCCCCAAGUUGCUUUGCAAGAUAUGAAGAAUACCCUUUUUUUGAGAUGCCACGACAAGGAGCAGGGAAUGGAAGAAAAAGCAUAAAGAAGGUUGUGAUCAUCUCUGUAUCAUCAUCGGCAGCUGUCUUUGUAUUCAUUCUCGCUGGUUUCUUGUGUUUUACAUCCUACAGGAAGAAAAGACUGACAGGGGGAGGAAACAAUGAAGACAUUCCGUUAAGAAAUUUUCAAGGCCCAAAUCAAGAUCACAUUGUGGAGGCAGCAGGUAUAAACGAAGCAGAUGAAGAACACAGUGGGGAAAUGCAUUACUUUAGUUUAGCUGAAAUACAGGCUGCAACAAAUUAUUUCUCUGAUGCCAAUAAGCUGGGAGAAGGAGGUUUUGGUCCUGUUUACAAGGGAAUAAUGCAUAAUGGGAGAGAAGUAGCUGUCAAAAGGCUUUCAAUGACAUCGAAUCAAGGUGUUCAAGAGUUCGAGAAUGAAGUGAAGUUAAUCAUUAAACUUCAACACAAAAAUCUUGUGAGGCUUUUGGGAUACUGCCUUGAGAAAGAUGAAAAGCUUCUUGUCUAUGAGUACAUGGCCAACACUAGCUUGGACGCUUUUCUUUUUGAUGCAACAAAAUGCAAGCUAUUAGAUUGGAAGACAAGAGCAAAUAUCAUUAAUGGGACUGCAAAGGGCAUGCAGUAUCUGCAUGAGGAUUCUCGGCUUAAAAUAAUCCAUAGGGAUUUGAAGGCAAGCAAUAUUCUCUUGGACGAUGAGAUGAACCCCAAGAUAUCAGAUUUUGGCACUGCAAGAAUCUUUGGAAUUAGACAAAUGGAAGCCAACACUGAGAGAGUUGUUGGAACGUGCGGAUACAUGGCACCAGAAUAUGCAUUGGAAGGACAGAUCUCAGUAAAAUCAGAUGUUUAUAGCUUUGGAAUCCUAAUGCUAGAAAUAAUAAGUGGUAAAAAGAACAAGGGAUUCUCCACCUCAGAUUGUGGGCAGAGCCUUCUAGCAUAUGCGUGGAUGCUAUGGAGUGAAGGUAAAGCAGUGGAAUUGAUAGAUCCAAACAUUGACAACAACUGUCCCGAGAAUGAUGUUCAAAGAUGGACUCAAAUUGCAUUACUUUGUGUCCAGGAUGACCCUGCACAUCGGCCUACAAUGUCAUCAGUUGUUAUCAUGCUUGGUAGCAAGUCAACAUACCUCCCCCAACCAUCAGCAGCGAGAUUUCUGGCAUUGCCUGUUUAUUCUUCAAGUAGUGGAAACACGGGAUCUCUUAUGUCCGGUCAAUCUACAACCAACAGUACUACCUAGUUUCUUUUUUAAAAUAAUGUAAACUUCAAUUAACUAGUUAAUAUUGGGAUUGUUAUUAGAGUUGUGGCAUUGCCUAGCUAAUGGGGGAGGUUCACAAUCUGCUCUAUGCGUCUGCUGUAUGGGUCCUGAAGGGUAUGGUUUUGUUUGGGUUUUUAGGUUGUCAUAAGCUGCAGGUACCGGCUUAGUUUUUUUCUUCUCCUGUAGUUUUCCUGAAGGUUUUUUCUGAGCUUUUGAGUAUUUGAUUGAUGUAGGUAAAUUUGGUUGUGUAACUUGAGUUCCCCGGAUUGUAUUUGUUUUGGGAGUAUUUCUUAUGCUCCUUUUCUAAUAUAUUUCGUAUGAUGCU